UUGAAGUCUUGGCUGAAAUAAAAACUGGCUCGCUCUCUGUUGUUUGCAUGUGGGACGCGGGGAGGGGGGCAGAUGCUGUGACUGUACGGAAAGAAGUGAAAAGGGGCGGCUGCUUACAUUUCUAUUUCUGGUGCAGAAAAGGGGGGAUGGAGGAGACCGGCAUGGUCCAAGGAGUGAAUCAACUUUCCUUCCAAGCCAGGAAAGCUGUUUGAAUCGGUCAGCUAGAUCAUCAUAUUGCGGUCCAAGAAAUGCAGCAUUUGUAACCCUGACCGUUGUUUUUCCUUUAAUGUCUUGUCCUGUUUUGUUCCAAUCAUCUCACGUGUUGUGUUUUUUUUAACUCGAACUGAACCAAGAAGUUUCACAAGGACUUUAUAUCUCUUUCUGGAAAAUGACUGAGCCUUUCCCCACUGGUCAUAUAAUUUGAAGGACCACCUGCCCGCUGAAUGCUCAGACAUGGCAAAUGCCUCUGAGAGUAGAGAGUUUGGGAACACCAGCGUCGGACCUGGACAUGCCUGCUGCAUUGAAAAUGGUACCCGUGUCAACUUCACGUCCCAUGAACAGUCCCCAGAUUUCUACGUGGUCCUCCCGGUGAUCUACUCCGUGAUCUGUGCUGUGGGGCUAACAGGGAAUACAGCUGUCAUUUACGUGAUCCUGAAAGCUCCCAAAAUGAAGACGGUCACCAACAUGUUCAUCCUGAACUUAGCCAUUGCAGAUGACCUCUUCACGCUGGUCUUGCCCAUCAACAUUGCAGAACAUCUCUUGCACUACUGGCCCUUUGGGGAGAUUCUCUGCAAAAUCAUCCUGUCCAUUGACCAUUACAAUAUUUUCUCCAGCAUUUAUUUCCUCACUGUGAUGAGCAUUGAUAGAUACUUGGUGGUCCUCUCUACUGUCCGGUCCAAGAGAAUGCCUCACCGUACCUACCGGGCAGCCCGUAUCAUCAGCUUCGGUGUUUGGAUCCUAGUCACUCUUAUUGUGUCUCCUUUCUUUGUCUUUGCCAACGUCUACAAAGAUGACUUGAACAUCACAAGCUGCGGGCUCAAUUUCCCCAGACCAGAAAGAUUCUGGUUCAAAGCCAGUAGGAUCUACACUCUCAUACUGGCCUUCGCGAUUCCAGUCUCCACUAUUUGCGUCCUUUACACCAUGAUGUUGUACAAAUUGAGGAACAUGAGUUUGAACUCAAAUGCCAAAGCUCUGGACAAAGCUAAAAAAAAAGUUACCAUUAUGGUCUUCAUUGUUCUAGCUGUGUGCCUCUUCUGCUGGACACCGUUCCACCUGGCCACCAUUGUGGCUUUGACCACAGACUUGCCGCAGACCCCUGUGGUCAUUGGCAUUUCCUACUUCAUCACCAGCCUGAGCUAUGCCAAUUCUUGCUUGAAUCCUUUCUUGUAUGCCUUCCUAGAUGACAGUUUUCAGAAAAGUUUCAGGAAGAUGUUGGAAUGCAGAGCUGCUUAAAGUAAAACCCAGGAUUCCUAGCCAUGUUGGGCCUAUUCACACCUCUUGUAAACUUUUUUGCUCCGUGUUCCAGAAGAAAUGUACGGCGGCGGCUGCAUUGCAUUUAACUUUGAAAGGAGUUUGAUUGUACAUUAUUCUCUAUGCAUUUCAGCAUUCCUGGUGUGUUUGCAUUGCUUUAAGUUAUUUUCAGGUAAUUUUUCUUUGCUCCAAUGCCUAAUGUAUGUUACCAGAAAGGAAUAGAAGAAAAGGGGUUGAACUUAAGAAGUGUUAUAUUAUUAAUCUUGAU